AUGGAUUUACAGAAUAAGAGGAAAUCUCCAGAGCAUCUAGCCAAUGAAGAUGGGGCCCAGCUCCAUAUCCAUCAGGCAGACGGGAUCAGAAUUUGUGACCACUUCCUCCUUGGAAACUGUCCUGAAGGAGCUGGCUGCCCACUCCACCACACUCGCUAUCCCUACCACUGGCAGUUAAGGCAGAGUGACAACAAAGCCUGGCAGAGUUUGAGUGACUCAGCUCAGCGGCACCUGGAAAAUCUUUACUGCAAUGUUAACAAAAGUCAUGCUAAUUUUUUGGACAACAAUAAUUCUUCUGGGAAACUUGCCCUGACUUCCUUGGAAGUGAUAACCUCUGAGACCUAUGACAAAGCGAGGCGUCUUUCCAACACCUGCGAUCCACAGCAGAACCCCCAUUUCCCCACACAGUGGGCAGUGUUUUGGAAAAAUGGUGAUAAAUGGAUAAAAUACAAGGAGCCCAUCUGCAGUGAUCUCCUCACUGCCUUUGAGGAGGACAAGGAACUCCACAACUUCGAGCUCUGGGGCAAGCACUACAGCGUGGAUUUGAAGAGGUUUGUGCAACAUAACAUGGAACGGGGAUACGUUCGCCACAUCCAGCGCAGGCCUUCCUACCGAUCACUCCUCGAUAUGAUGCCAUACCUGCAGAUGAUCCCAAGUAAAGCCAGUAUAUCCUCCUGUCCUACUCCUGCCAUCCCUGGGGAAGAUCCCAUGGAUGGUUACUAUGGUCCAUACCCCGCUGCUUGGAUUCCACAGCCAUCUGUUGAUCAGGCUUUCCUGCAAAUGGAGGUGACGCCAUCAGAAGCUGCAUACCGCUCAACUUGUGUUCUCUUCCACCAGUCUCUUCCAGAGGAUGAGGUCCUGGUGCUGGCAAUUUAUAGGAUCCGGAACGAAGAUCUCUGGCAAAGAUAUACCAACCAGAAAAAAUUCAUGACUUGGGGAAGAACAAAGCUUGAGAAACAACAUCUGGAGAAGCACCUCUUCUUUGGAACCUCAGCCAGAAAUGUGGAGCCCAUUUGCAAAACAAACUUCAGCCAGUUCCUCCCGGAACAGCACAGCCCUAUCUUUGGCCAGGGCAUUUAUUUCUCAUUGAGAGCAGAUUAUUCAAAUAGAUACUCCCGUGCAAAGAAAGGUGGGAUGCGCUACAUGUUCCUGGCCAAGGUUUUGGUGGGCAAGACUGUGGCUGGGAGAGCACAUUACCGCCGGCCCCCAGAACAGAAGCCUGGUGGGCAACUCUAUGACUCAUGUGUCAAUAGUGUGAGCAAGCCCCAGGUGUACGUGGCCUUUGACAACUUCCAGUGCUACCCUUACUUUCUUAUCCACUACAAGCUCCUCUCUGACCCUGUGGUGCUGUACAGCUGAUGACACAAGGAAGAGGUGCUUUUCUCCUCUCUCUGAAUCAUCCACAUAAUGACUUUUACCAUCAGAGCAUGAAGAGGGUUGGUUUUAGCCCUUCACAUUCCUUUGACCUAUGCUCCUUGUAAAGGAUUCUACAAACUGUUCCUGGGCAUACAGAGAGUGCUGGCUGCAAGUGCAUGUAGGCUGGGAUUUUGAAAGGUGCCUAAAGGAAUUAGACACCCAACUCCGAUUGAAUUAGAAUGGAAAUUUGGCACCUGACUCCCAUUCAAAUUCA